AUGGGCCUAGAGGUGGGGAUAGUGCCGAAUAUCGAGGACCGCUCUUUCGCACAAUUAAUCUUCUUCCGAUUACCUCACCGGCAUACCACCAACACCUCCCGAAUAUCGAGGCUCUUUGUCUUUUUCUUGCGCGACGAGCUGGCUCCUCGACUCGUGCGCAGCCACAAAACCUCGGAGAACAUCAUCAUAUCUGCGCAACUGGUCCGGGUGAACACGUUUGAUCCUUUAGGCAGAAGAGACCUUAUUCGACGAUUGCAAACAUAUUUAUGCCGACAGAAUACUUUGGAAACGUUUUGCAUGGAAGGUCUCAAGUUGAAACGUGAAGAGGGAUUGCGAUUAAUAUCAGGAUUGAAAAAUUCUCGGGCUACUCUCAGAAGUUUGUAUUGUUGGCGAGGAUUCGACGAAAACCAAAGGCCGAUCGUUUCUCGCGAUAGUAAAAAAGGAUGUUUGAUAACGUGCUGUAACCUUCUCCUACGUGAGAGUGUGUGGUGGCAAACAAUAACUUCCUUCGAGGCUCUUACUACUAUCUCAUUAAAUUACUCUUACAUCGCGACACCGAGUGGCAACCUUCUUCUGGAAAUGGCCAAAUACCAUAACUUUCAGAUAUCUGACUUUUCCUCCAAAACAUACCACGACUACUUGGUAAAUUCGCCAGGAAUACCAGCAGCAACAACGCUUCUGUGGUUACAAUUGCUGUGCCAGGAAAGCGAAACGCCAAUAAUAGAUUACAAUGGACGAGGAGGAAACGUUAAUUAUUCGAUUCCUGAUAUGGCCUGGCAAGCGACUCGGAUCUUGGCUCCAGCACUCAAAGUUCAAUUGGUCAUCAGUGAGGAAUAUUUGCGUACUACUCAGUCAUUCGUUACAGUCGAUAUCCCCGAAUACGAUCGUCACAAGCUUUUCUUCACAAAACAUACGCCUGUUCACACGUUCAUUUUAUCAUCAGGAAUCGAUUUACAUUUCCGACAACCCUGGUACAUCGACUGCACUUUCAGAAAUAUCUGGUUUUCAUUUCCGGAUACCUUGGUCUUUUUGUACCUUCAAUUGUGGCAUCAUCGAGAAAAACUGGAUCAUCUACUUUGCAAACUCUUUGUCAAUCUACCCGAGUUACAAAUGUUCGAAUUCGUCGGUGAAAUAAGAAAAUUAAGAACCCUAUGCACGAUGUGUUGUCAAAUACAAGCUCGCCAAUGCAAAGUCAAUCAUGUUGACCUUCAAUUGCAAACGAUUAUGAACAACCCUAAUGACCUUACCGUGUGGACGAGAAGUAUCGAAUGUUUACUAUGCUGUUUCAAACAGGAUUUCAAAGCAAUGGGAGUUCGCUUCCAGAUUUUGUAUUAUCCUUGUUGAGAGCUACCUUAUCUCGAGUACUAA